AAUUGCAAGUUUUGAAAUCUAGCACCUGUAUACACGAACGUGUAGUCAGGAAGUGUGUUCUGUGUCACUAGGCUACACACAGACUGAGUGAGGCUACAGACAUUGAACACAAUGGCAGCAAACAUACUCACAUGUGUCUUCUUCGGCUUGUGCCUGGUGGGUGUGGCGCUGUGUGCAACCUGUAAGGUGGGAUCUGACUGUGGCAGUAUGGAGUGCUGUGUCCUGGACAAGACCUCUACCCUGGGGGUCUGCCAGCCCAUGGGUGACCUCACGGCCUACUGUUACGUCAGACAACCGUAUGCCUGGUCCAGACCGGAGCAGAUGGUCACAGACUUCGACCGAUGUCCGUGUCGGACUGGCUACAUCUGUGGCUCGAUAAACCAGUUCAGUGCGGAGUACGGGCAAAAGGGUAUUUGCUCUUUUGGAAAGUAAUGCAGUUGAGCAAUUCAGACCAUGACAAUAAUUUAGAAAUACAAAUUUUUUGUC